GAGACACCAGACCAGCCCCUCCAAAAUGUGCGUCAGUGAAAGUGUUUAGACUGGGGAUCCAGCACACUCACACGCACUUUCCCGUUAGGCACACAUCAACAGCAGUACUUCAUUUGGGAAUGGGAAGAUCAUACCAAAUAAUCAUGUUAGAGAACAAGGUUUUUUCCUGUUUUGUAUUCUAUAGUGUUCUCCUGGUAAUCAAGAUGUACAUCAUAGCAAUCAUCACUGGACAAGUAAGGCUGCGCAAAAAGGCUUUUGCGAACCCAGAGGACGCACAGAGACAUGGUGGCCUCCAGCACUUCAGAGAGGAUCCAGAUGUAGAGCGGUGCCAAAGGGUUCACCGUAACGACAUGGAGAAUAUCGUCCCCUUCCUGUUCCUGGGGGCCGUCUACUCCCUGAUUGGCCCGUCACUGGCCGUGGCCCGCGCUCACUUCCUGGUCUUCUUCCUAUUCCGCAUGCUCCAUACGCUGGCCUACCUGUGUGUCCUGCGGGCACCCAUGCGCUCCCUGGCCUACGUGAUCGCCCAGGUGCCCUGCAUCUCCAUGGCUGUUCAGAUUCUCACGGCUGUGUCCUCGUAUGCGUGUUCUGACUCUAUUGGUGACCACGUCAAUCUGUGAUCAAUCUCAGUGGAUGAUUAGGGCCUGAUAAGAGCAGUAGAGAAUACUGCUUGUAAGAGGGACAGAUGUUUUUCAUAUGAGGGAAAUCCUAAAGACUGUAUUGUCAUCAGACUGCAAUGCUACAAUAGCAGUUUGUGCCUCUCAGCAAUGCUCUCUUAAGUGUACACUGUUGUGCUCUAGCUAGUACAUCUUCAUGUAGUACUGUAUUCUUUUACAUCUUAGUCACAUAGCAGACGCUCUUAUCCAGAGCAACUUGCAGACGCCUUGCUCAAGGGCACAUAGACAGAUUUUUCACCUAGUUGGCUCGGGGAUUUGAACCAGCAACCUUUCAGUUACUAGCCCAAUGCUCUUAACCGCCAGGCUACCUAUAUGCUACAGAAUGUUGAAGUCAAUUGACUCCCUCUGAAGGUCAUGGGGACACUGCUCUCUGAAGAAAAAGGUUAACCUUUCGAUUAACAUGUAACUUUCAUCACACAUGCAUCCUGCCAAUCAUGCAUUUAGACAACAGAAUGUUGGAGAUGGAAUAACAGGUAAUCCUGUCCAUUAAAUGGAAUGGUUUUCAACAUAAAUCAGGAUCUGGGUUCAAUGUACAGUAAAUGGGAUGUUAUUGACUGUGGUAGGUAGCAGGAGACAAGCCAUGUCUUGUCCCUCUCUGUGUGCGCAUAGCCGCGGAAAGGAUUUUGGUGGGUGGGGGGACACCAUUUUUAAUUUGUUUUGCCCAUGCUGAGGACCGCUAUAUCGGUCCACUAAUAUAGGACUAGUACUUCUUUUGUGAAAAUGUUUUACUAAAUGUAUUUGAGUGUUUACCAGCAUUUGUAACUUGAGUCUGAUAAUUAUCUGUACAAAACAGUUAAUCUGAUAAUACUUGUGGAAUAUACAAAUAUUUGCUUUAAAUAUUUUUUCCACUUUCUUGAAAUACUUUGCAAAUGCAACUUAUUUCUAUGUGAAAAUAGAAAUAGACUAUUCAUUCCUUUUACAUUUUAGCAAACACUCUUAUCCAGAGCAACUUACAGUAGUUAGUACGUACAUUUUCAUACUGGUCCCCUGUGGGAAUCGCACCCUCCCACAACGCUAGCACUACUAACCACGGCAUCACAUCACAUCAUCACAAACCACUUGAUGUCUCAAUGUACUCAAUGCAUGGUGAUGAAAAGACUACAGGUACAAACCUAGAUGACCAGCCUAUGUACAAUACAGUGAUGUAUAUUUACAUUAAGUGGUUUGUAAGGAUGGUAAAUUAAUACUGCACAAAAGUGUUUUUCUUCCAUGUUAUUUGAUUAAGAAAAAUAUUACAUUUGAUGUGGAUGUUUUUUGUCUUUGCGCAUAACUUUGUACCUUCUGAUGUAAAUGUUUGAGGACAGGGUUUUGUUCUUUCUGGAUUCCAUUAGAAUGACAAUCUCUGAGAAAGGGACAGGGCAACAACUCUUACAAUUCCAGCUAUUGAAUCCUGGAAAAUGCUGUUCUUAAUUAUACAACUACCUUUUUUGCCAAAACAGAGAUUUUUUUGUUGUUGUCCGCGCUACAGAAGUCUAUAUCGGUCCGCUAAUACUAGUAAAGGCCCAUUGCACUA